UGCGUUUUCCUCGUUAGUGUUUUUCUUUCUCUUCGCUCUUUCCGUGCUCCGUCUGUCUCCGUGGUUCUGGACAGACGGGCCGGCAGCUUUUCUCCCGCUCUCGCUUUUCCCCUCUUCCCGCCGGUGCAGAGUUGUGCGUCGUCUUUUCGUUUUCUUUCCGAGCGCGGACCGCUUCAGCCCUUUUCCCUGUCCACUGUGCUUUCUGGUCUUCCAAGGAACGGCAGAAAAUCUCGUUUCUUCCUGUCUGUCACCAAGGCACCGCAUUCACUGAACUUCUUUCUCGGCCUCGAGGCAUUCUCGCACAAAUCAGCGGGUCUCCUCGACUCGGAGGAAACGUUCUCUCUCGUUCUGCCCUUCCUCCCCCUGUGGAAAGACGACCUCUUUCCUCCCUUCCUUUUUAUGCCAUCGUCUCCCGUGAUGCGCUGAGGGUCGCCCGUCAAGGAAGAAGUUUCAGAGGCCGUCCAUGGUCGAUUACGUUCCUUGCUCCCGGUCCGGUCACUUCCGCUGUCGCCGAGGAAUAGCUUCACAGCGCCGAGCACACACGCCCCAAACUUCGAAGUCUCGUUUUCAAAUCUGCACUGAUGCAUGCAUUUUUCUGGGCGUUCUGCGUCUUUCGAGUUACUAUAGUUUUCAUCUGUGCACGCCCUUGUUCAGAUGCGCAUGUGCAUUGAGUCUCUUUCUGUGGAGCUGCGUUUGUCACCGGAGAGGUCUCGCAGCUUGUCCUCCUUUGUUGCGACUUUUACUUUGCUUGUCAUCCAAUUUCACGUCCCCGAUGCAUGCGUAGAGUCGCGCCAUCCGAGGUCGAUGUUUUAUCACUUCGGUUGUGGCAUGUGCCUUCAUCGUCGUCGUCUUUCUGUUACUUCCACCUCAGCUCGUUUCGCUGCGUUGUGCUCUUCGUCCUCGCCAACCUUUUACGCGUGUGGACUGAAGUGUCUUCCACCCUCGCUUUCCCUGUCUUUUUUUCCUGUCUCCGUUCCGCUCCCCCUCGCUCUCUUCGUCUUCUUCCCUCCUUCCCUCUUUCCCUCCUUUUUCUUCUUCUCCCAAUCACGUAACCGUCACUGCGUUUUCUCUGGACUUCCUUCUUCAUAGCCUCUGAUGUACGCCUCAGCUCUGCCCCCCGGGGAGGGGCGGGCGCCCUCGCAGCAGCUCCAGCAGCUGCAGCAGCUGUUCUCUCAACCGGGCACCCAGCCGUCCUUCUCUUCGUUCCACUCCACCGCGCAGGGCGCCGCGGCCCUCUCCAACGCCCCCCAGGGCUCCGGAGGCUUCUUACCAGGCUCUGCACAGGGGCCGGAGGCGACGCAUGCCGUUUACGGUCACGCGUCGCGUACGGAUCAGAGGAGCGAGAGGGGCGCGGGAGAAGACGCUGCUCUCUCUGCGCAGGAGCAACUGUCCAAGCUGCAGCACCUCUUUGCGGGGGCCCCUGCGGUGGGACAGAACGGGCAACAGGCCCGUGGAGACUGGAGAGACAGAGGCGAUGGGGGAAGCGGAGAGGCUCGCAGAAGAGAGGAGGAGACUGGACGCAUGGUCGUCUUCAUCGACUACCCUGCAGCCGCAUUCAGCCUCGUCCCCGAAGACGUCCGCAACUUCCUCUCCGUUUUCGGGGCCGUCAAACAAGUGUCUCUGUCGCGAAAGCGCGCGGCGGCAGAGGUGGUGAUGAGUCCCGCCUCGGCAGUGGAGGCGUGUGUCAAGGAGUUGAACGAAACGUUUUUGCCGGGCCUGGGUGUCCUGCGAGUCUCUGCCCUCGCGCCCCGAGGCCCGCCGAUCGAGGAGUUGCUUCCGGCCUCGACGGCGGACCCUGCGGCUCCAAAUCUCGAAGGCCGGCGCCCGGAGGGCGAGGAGCCGCGGCGCGACAGCGGGCGCGAGCCCCAGGGCGAGGCCCGCAAGGAGGAAGAGCGCAGACGCGAGGCGCGGAAGCGCGUCUGCAGACUCGAGCUCGUGGGUCUAUUUGCGUACGAACCGGAGUUCGAUGUCACUCGAGCGAUCCUCGGUGAACACAACGGCAACAUCAGCUACAUCAUGGACCAGACUCAACACAAGGUGGAUCUGUCGAUCAAAGGCAAGGCUGUGAACGAGGCUCCAGUUGCAGAGCGUCUCCACCUAUCUCUCUCCUCCAACGACGCGGAGGCGUACGACAAGGCGCUGAGCAUGGCUGAGGAUCUUUUGCAGUCUGUCUGCGAGCAAUUCGUCUCUUUCUGUCAGUCGAAGCACCUGCCGCCACCAGCCAACGCGACGUUCCGGCGCCACCAGUACGAGCAGCAGACAGACGGAUCGCUGACGUACUUGGGGGUGGCGGAACGCGCGCCUGUGUGGCUCGGCGCUUCGCCAGCGAACUCUUCGAAUCGCGGUGGCGCUUCUCCCACCCCUCUCGCCUCGUCCCCCCCGCCUCUUGCCGCCUCUCCAACUGCCGCCAUUGGUGCGCCUGCUGCAAUGGCUGCGCCCACGGCGAUGGCGGCCCCUGGGGGCCUGCCGGGCCCCUCAGCGGCCGCGGCUCCGGGGCUUUUGCCGGGGGCGGGUGCCCAGUUGGCUGCGGGCCCAGUGGCGGGUCUCCCGGGGCCAGGGAGCCCGAGCAACGGGGCUUCUGGGGGGCUGCCCGCAGCGUCGCUGCUGGCGGGCCCUCACCUCGCGCCGAUGCCGCACCCGCUGCCGCACCCCGGGGGACUCCCGCCCGGCGGCCAACUCGCGGGCCUGCCGCUCUCGGCGCCCCUGGGCCAUCCGGCCCACGUGGGCCUGCCGACCCUGGCGGCCCCGAGCCCCGCAGCGCCCGCGCUCGGGCACCUGCCGCCGGGCGCGGCGCCAGGGGCCCCGGGGGGUCUGCUGGCCCACCCGCACGUCUCGCGACCGCCGCUGGAGCUCGCGGGCCCGCUGGGUCUGCCGCACCCCGGGGUCUCCCACUUGGGUCCGCCCGGGUCCUUCCUGCCGGGCCUCGCCCCACACCCUUUCGGAGUCCCUGCGCCUGGAGUUCUCGUGCCGGGCCUAGGCGAUUUCGCCGCUGCCAUGGAGGCCCUCGCCCAGGGCGGCCGGGCCCCCGCCAGACGCGAAGGCAGGCGCAGCCGGAGCCGCGAGCGCGGCAGUCGCGAGCGCGGCGGAAGAGACAGAGAGAAACGGGAUGGUCAAUAUCGCGGCGUUUCACCGGUCAGGAGAGGCCGCACCAGUGGGCGGGGCCCCAGCAGUGGCCGGGGGGGGCGAGGUGGGAGCGCCGGGAGGGGCGACAGCGGCGCCAGAGGGCGAGGCAGCGUAGGGCGGGGCGAAGGCCGUUGAGGAGCGUCACACGCCGAAGGUAUCUGUGGCUCUGUGCCUCAAUUCACAGACUGGUUUCUUCAGGAAUUCUGUGGCAAAGAGCGAAGGGCAGAAGGUGCGGUCUUCUCGAACGAGAUGGAAGCGAAGAGAAGCUGACCAGAUGUACACGCACGGCGUCGCCCUCGGUGGGUGGAGCACCACAGCAGAGUUAUCAAGUUUUUGAAGAGGCACAGGAGAGUGUCGUCGUCGACGGCGAACUUGUUGGGGCGUGGCAAAAAGGGAGGUUACGUGAGGGGAAAAGAAGAGAGAAGACAGGGGAGGCGGAGAGUGGGGACAAGAAGAUGAAGACGAACCACGCAAAAAUGUAGAUUUUUCAUGUAGAACGUCGCUUGUGAGGAGGCGACAUGCGAGAGUAGGACAGGUUCGUGGUUUUGAAAAGGGAAGACUGGGCAGAGAAGCGAAUCGAAGCCGGCGACUGCCAAAGCACGCGAGGGAUGCGAGAGGAGCGUAGAUGUGAUCAAGACAGUCAGAAGAGGGGCACGCAAGGACAGGAGGGGAGAGGGGGCGGUGAGGAAAGCAAGAGGGAGGAGGAAACGAAUGCGUUCUAGGCGCAGUAUGUUGAUCACGAUUGUCUUUCGUGUUGAAAGCGAGAAACAACGACUACUUGGAUGUCAGUAUGAUCAGUACCAUCGUACUAGGAGUAAUCAGCUCUGGGUGGACGGACACAUGGUGGGAAGUUGAGACCUGGAGAGCCAUGGGUACGUGCAGCGAAUGCUUCACGAGAAGGGGAGUGCCAGCAUCUGUUGAGGGAAUCAGAAAGCCUGGUGGCGUUGCUCGUAAAAGUUUUUCCUUGACUGAAUGGUUUGUCUCUCGACGCACGUUAUCUCGGUCAAGAGCCUCACAAACACAAGCUGCUCUGUGAAGGGAGAUGCAGGCCGUUAAAACAGAGUAUCCGGGAAGCCGCGGAAAGCGACAGGACCGUUUUUCUCAUUGGACAGGUCGCUGUAGGACAACCAGAUUCGAGCAGUCAGAGAACGCACUCGCUUAACGGUUCAUUCUCUACAUGUAUGCACAUGAAUACGGUAGAUCGGUGCUCUCUGCAGCUGACAGGAGUUUCCUGGAUACACACAUUUCGUGGCCAUCGGAAAGAGGCC